AUGGACUCUAAAGAAAGAAACAACCUUGAUUAUUUGGACAUGUUGCUAAGAAAUGGCACCCUGAAUGUAUAUGACAUUCUGUGUCAUUUUGGUCAAGGUUGUGACUUCAAUGACAUUACCGUCUCUCGUAAAUGGAAAACCGACGAAAUCAUCCUGUACACGGCCCCGGUGAUAUUUUUGAUUGGGGUGGUUGGUCACCUAAUGUCAUUGCUAAUUCUGCCGUACUUUGCCAGAAAAGAGUCAUCCUUCGUAUACCUAUUGUUCCUUUCGAUAGUUGACCUGCUCGUAUUACACGUGGGGUUGCUUGUUCGAUGGCUGAAUGAGGUACUCAGAAUGGAUAUUCUGUCAUACAGUAACUAUACUUGUAAGACUUUGACGUUUCUUGGUUUCGUUUUCAGCGACACUUCGGUGUGGCUCCUGGUGGUCGUGACUUUUGAACGAUUCCUCAUGUUGUGUCAUCCUUUUCAGGCGACCCUCAUUUGCAAAGUCGGCCGUUCUCUCAAAAUCAUUCUGUUAGUGGUGCUCGUUAUGGCUGUGAUAAACAGCCACGUAUUCUGGACUCUGAAAAUCGUCAUCAAUAACGAAACCAACCAACAAAGAUGUGACUCUACUUCAGAAAAUAGUGCACUGAUUUAUCAAAUCUGGCCCUUGAUCGAUGCGCUGAUCUAUUUCAUUCUACCAUUCAUCAGCACAUGUGUCUUGAACUACAAAAUUAUCCAAAGAAUUCGUCGCAUUAGGAAUAGAAGCCAUCUAGUGAACACUCGCCGCUUUCUGAAUACAAAUAUAGCUCAGAAAUCACCAAAAGUUGAGAGGAAACUCACCAUUACAAUGGUCAUUUUGUCUUUGACCUUCGUCGUGACUACUCUUCCAAUGUUGGCUUACUUAUGUGUGACAGUAGUAUUAAACUCUCUUUCUAAUCAGCCAAUGUUUAGUCAGGAAAGAUAUCAAUAUUUCAGGUCUUUUGCAGAGAUAUUCAUGUACUGCAACCAUGCCAUCAAUUUUUACCUGUACAUCGCUACUUCCAAAAGACUUCGGCUUGGGUUUCAAAAACGAAUUUGUCAGCGAAAGGCUGAACAUUUAGUCAUCGGACACGAAAUGCUAGAAAUGCAAGAUUUAUCCUCCAGGUAUUCAUAG